UGCAGAGGUGCCCCUGCCCUGGGUGGUACUAGCCCAAGGUGAGGCCAGGGCCAAAGGGCUAGAGGAGACUGGAGUGGGUGGAGCUUUGAGGCUCCGCUGGCCCAGGUCAGGGUGUGAAUCUGCUGGAACUGUGCUGCUUCCUUUUUUUCUUUUGGCACUGGGCAUCGAACUCAGGAUCUUGUGCCUUCGAGGCAGGCAUUGGCACCACUGAGCUAAAUCCCCAGCCCUCUGCUUCCUUUUGGAGAUGCUCUGGGGAGCUGUGGUGAGACCUUCUCGCCUGGUCCUUUCCCACUUCUUGCUACCCCACCCCAGUCCCCUUCCUCUCAGGACGGACCACGUGUUUGCUGGGGUGUGCGCAGCUGCUCAGCAGGGACCCAGAUGUAGGGUUCCCUUUCAGCCCUCCUCCCUGCCCAGGAACUUCCCCAGUGGCCUGGAGUUUGGGUGCUAGCUGUUGGUCAUGCAGGGAGCUUUCUGGAAACUCCCUGGUCAACUGAGGCAGCGCUGCUCACUGGUGACCCUGUGUCAGACUCCUGCCCACCUCAGGCCAUCUCUCCCUGGCCCCUCGACUUCACCUUUGGAGCUGAAUAGCUCAGAAAGCCUCAGUCUGGUCGGGCGGUGCGGCAAGAGCCACCCGGAUGAUCUGUACGGCAGCACGUGUGCGUCUGUGUGAGUGUGAGUGGGCGAUUCUGGAACUCCAGGAGGCACAGAACAUCGCUCUGUGCAAUGAGCGGGGUGGGACAGGCCGAGCCGGGAUGCUGAGCAGGUAGCGGCGCGGGAUGGACGGAGGGGCUGCGGCCUGGACGGGAGCCGGGCCCAGGACACUGCCGGAGGCCAUCGCCACGCUGAGUCGGUCGCUGCCAGCCGGGCCUAGCCCCGAGAUCUUCCGCCGCGCCAAGUUCGACCAUCCAGAGGCGGCCCCAGUGCUCUGGCGGCUCCUCUUCCGAGUGCUCGCGCCUCUCCGGGCGAACUGCGCCGCAGCCUCGCUGGGCCGGGGGGCCCAAGCCCGCUGGGUGAAGGUGGUGUUGCACUACUGCGGCUACCCGAGGCCAGCUCUAGCACAGCUCCCAGAAGAUGGCUCCCAGGGCAGCAGGGAGCUGCUGCUGGCCUUUUCCUGGCUCCUGGCCCGAGUGCCCCUGCUGGAGUGGCUGCUGUCCCAGACCUGCGUGCAGCUGGGUGACCAGGUGCCCACGUUCGAGUGUGAGGCCCUGGCCAGUCCUGGCCUGGCUGCACCCCAAGUGGAUGCAAGGCGCUCUGUGGACCUCCGCCGCCUGCAGUGGCUGAUGGGAAAACUACGGUUCCGGUGGCGGAGCUUGAUCUGCAGUCAACAGGAGCAGUGUGCCCUCUUGAGCAAGAUCCACACGUACACCCAUGGCUGCCACAGCGACCAGAACCUUGGCCACCUGUCUGUCACUGAAACAGAGAUGCUUAGGGACCCAGAAGACAGCCAGCAGGUGAGGAAGGGACCUGAAGCUCUCAGGCAGAUGCUCGGGUGCCCUGGGAGCCAGGCCCUGUGGCUGCCAGCAGACACACUGGUGCAGGCAGAAGUGCCCAGCUUGCUUGCUCUACAGUUGUUGCGGGUACUGGAGCGGGAGAAUGCCCGGCUGGAGGCAGCUCUGGAGUGGCGGCAGUGUGAGCUGAUCUUCUGGCAGUGGAUGGACACAGUCCUGGGUGCCUGUCCCCCAGAGGGCCCUGCUGUGCCCACGUUCUUGCCUAGGAUCCCUGAGCAUGGGUGUCAGGAGCUGGAGCUGGUGGCUCGAGAGCUGCAGGCCCUGCAGGAGAAGCUGAGGGAGCAGGUGCUCAGCCGGCGCCAGGCCUGGGAGACCCAGGUUGGAGGCCUGGGCCAUGGGCCAGAGUGGAGUGCAGCACGGCAGGCCUUGCAGCAGACUGUGGAACAGGAGCUGCUGGCCCUGCAGCGGUCCUGGGAGCAGGAGAGGGGCCCCAGCCUGACUCAGGGGCCCCACCGUCUUGUGAAGAUCAAGGCUGGGACAGCAGGGGCCCAGGGCCUGCCAGUGGCUGAAGUGAUCAGGGCCCUGAGGAGCCAGGAGGCCAGUCUGGAGGCGAUGCUGUGCUGGCUGCAGGGACAGUGUAGGCAGGAACUGGCCAGGCUGGCAGGAGCUGUGCCAGGCCUCCUCUGGAUCCUGCCACCUGGAUGCUGAGGUCCCACAGACAUAUCCUCCUUGUGGGAACCUGCCUGGGCUGUGCUGGCCUCCGCGGAAGAGCAGGUUCUGGAGCAAUGGAUACAGGGCCAAUGUGGCCUGCAACUCUGGGACUGGCAUAGCUGCUCCCUGUGAGGAGGCCUGGUGAGGACUCAAAUAAAUGGUGGAACCUUCCCUGCCUAGGGGACCAGGCCACUUCCCUCUC